GCCAAGGAGAGCUUUUGAAAGGGAACUUUUGCAGCGGGUUACAUUUGCAGUCACCUCGGUGUUUGCAAAUAUUGAGUAGGCUUCUCAGCAACUAUCUUCUGGAGAGCGAGCGAGCGAGCGAGAGCGAGAGAGCCCCAGGAGUGGAAGGCAAUCUCAACAGCAGCAUCGAGGAGACUGCAAAAAGCGAAAACAACGAAAGCCAACCAGCUUAAAGAGAAGGGCCAAAAAAAGAACCUUUGAUCUAUUGCUGUGCAAUUAAACUUUGCAUGAAACUUUGCUUUUUUAUAUAUUAUUCAAAAUAUAUAUACGUUUAUAUAUAUAUACACACACAUAUAUAUAUAUAAAUAUAUAUAUAUAUUAAAAAAAAACUUCGUCUGAAAAUAUAUAUAUAUAUAUAUAUAUAUAUAUAUAUUUAGCCGUAGAUUGCUAUUUUCCCCUCCUUUAAGGUACUUUCUGCUGGGUGAUAUUUCCCCCCUUUUUUGUGAUUUUCUUCUUUUUUUGCUUUGAUUUCGGUGGUCUUUGGAGGAGGAGGAGAGGAGGAGGAGGAGGAGGAAGUGAGACUUUUGUAAAUAGCCGGUUGUAUUUCUGUCACCAUCACCUGCUGUGGCGAUUACAGCCGAGAGCCGGAGCCCGAGACCUCCUUCGCGCUGCUCCGCUCUUCCGACCUGUGGAAAAAAGACCCCAGCGAUCGGACGCUCGUCUUUGCCGAGGGCUCCGGGUUGCAACUUUUCUUCCCUACCCGUCCCCCUUCCCCCCCACGAGAGGCAUGGAUGUACUUCCAAUGUGUAGCAUCUUUCAGGAACUCCAGAUUGUUCACGACACUGGUUACUUCUCCGCCUUGCCAUCUCUGGAGGAAUACUGGCAACAGACUUGCUUAGAGCUGGAGCGAUACCUUCAAAGUGAGCCCUGCUACGUGUCCGCCUCUGAGAUAAAAUUUGACAGUCAGGAAGAUUUGUGGACCAAAAUUAUUUUGGCACGGGAGAAAAAGGAGGAAUCUGAACUAAAGACAGCAAGUGCUCCAAAGGAGGACAACCUUAACAAUCAGACUUUAGAGACUAACAGUUUGAAUUCUGAUAUCAGUAGUGAAUCUUCAGAUAGUUCCGAGGAACUUUCUCCUACAACAAAAUUUACCUCGGAUAUCAUAAAUGAUGUCUUAAACUUGGCCAGUGCUGGAAACUUGAAUUCAUCUGUCACUUCUACUCCUCCUUCUUCCCCUGAGCUGGGCAAGGAGUCAUCUUCCCAACCAUGGAAUUGUGCCCCCAGUGAGUUGCAUUCACCUGGCAAAAUCCGUACUGGUACUGGCGGAAAGACUGUGGAAAAAGGUACCCUGGUCAGUAGUGAUGCCUCUCCUGAUGGGAGGAGGCGGGUUCAUCGCUGCCACUUCAAUGGGUGCCGGAAGGUUUAUACCAAAAGUUCACAUCUGAAAGCACAUCAGCGUACCCAUACAGGAGAAAAGCCUUACAGAUGCUCAUGGGAAGGAUGUGAGUGGCGUUUUGCAAGGAGUGAUGAGCUAACCAGACAUUUCAGAAAGCACACGGGGGCAAAACCUUUUAAGUGUAAUCACUGUGACAGGUGCUUCUCCAGGUCUGACCAUCUGGCUCUUCACAUGAAGAGGCAUCUCUGAAUGAUUGGAAGCUUGAAUCCUGUGGGCUAAGAGGCAUCGAGGUCAAGCUGGCCUUGGAUUAAAAGAUGCAUAUUCCAGCCAAAGCAUGCCAUUUUGCACCCUAACUCAGUGGCCUCCAGGUCCUCUCUUCUUUGGAAGGUUUUUAGAGGGCUAGAUAAGUCAUGUAAGAAAUGGCUGCAAUGACCAUAUGGUGCAGGUCUCCAGCCCAGGGGACCAAACCUUCUGAAUGGCUUUCCGACACCUUCUGCCGUGAGCGAACUGGGAGUGUUAAUGAAUGGACAACUUGUGUGUUAUGGAGGAUAUACUGGAUGACUGGAUGCUGAGGCACAUUUUUUUAAAGAAAAAAAAAACAUUUGUUCCUUGUUGUUUUCUAACCGUAAGAGAGAAAAAGCUGUCUGAACGUGGGAUUAUUUUUUUUAAAUUUUAUUUUUAACUUGGGGGGGGUGGGGAGUGGCUCAUGUGAAGAGUGUUAUGUAAGAUGGAAGGAUGUGCAUCCUUUUGAUGGGGAAGGGGGGAAAUGGUUUCUGCACCUUUUUUUUUUCCCCUUUUAUAUUUGGUUUCUGAAGUGGGAGAUGGAAGGGAGGGAAGGAAGGAAAACCAGAUUAGAGAAAUGUUGGCAUGGGCCCCUAUCCUGUGUGAAAGGAGAUUUUGGUGUCUGGUCCAGCUAUUAAAUGUGCAAUGUCUCCCGUAGCUUGUCUGACUUGCUACAGAGCUCAUUUGUAAUCCAUUGUAUAAGCUGUGUAUUUACAAUAUAACACAACCUAUAACUUUUUUCAUUAUAAUACAAAGGUUAUUGCAUGGUUCUGGAGAACUAGAUGCUUUCCCAUUCUGUAAUCAGGACUGCCAUUUCUCUCUCUCUCUCUCUUUCUUUUUCUCUCAAUUCCGGUUCAAAGCUGCUACACUGCAAUUGGUUUAAUGUUACAUAACAUACCAAACCCAAAUAGUGUUUUUUUUUUCCUCCUUGAAUUUUUGCUUUGUCCUAUUAGGUGGAUAAAACCACUAGGUUAGAGAUGGAUAUUUAAAAAAAAAAAAAAUGAACUCGUGCAGCUGUUUCCCCCAUUGCCUCCAACACCUACCUUCUUAUCUUUUAUUUAUGCCUUGAGGUCUAAUUUUUGGUUUUCUACCUGUUAAUGCACUGUUGACCUUAAUAAUGGUGCCUUAUGCAAAUUGAACUUCUCUUUUGGGAGGUCUUAUACAGGGGUAUGAAUGAUAUAUGCUUUAUUAAGGCUCUCUUUUCACCUGACACUUGUACUGUAUCAAAUGUACAUUAUGAAGAGGUGGGAAGACCAUCAGCUGGUAUUCUGGGUGAUCCCCCUAAAAACAUCUGUACUGAAAAUUUCAUGGCAUAAUCCAACAAAGAAUGCAUCCCUGAGUCCAUCUUUUGACAAGGUUGGUCUUGCACAACCUGCCCCUGUCCUGCAUCCUUCCCUCUUCCCAUUCAAGAAAUUAAUGGGGGGAAAAAAAUCCAUCAGUUCCUCCCUCCAUCAAAAGAUCCUGUAUUCAGGAUGCUGUGUUUGCUCAUGCAUUUUUAAAACCGCAGGAGUAACGACAAUAACAACAACAAAGAUUUCUUAAAAGGCACAAUGUCCACACCUGUAUAUGUAGCUUCCCCUUAAUUAAAAUGGAAAGUAAACAAAAAAUACAAAAAAAGCAAAAAAAAAAAAGUAAUUAUCAAGUGGGCAGGAUAUCUAUAACGUAUGUAUAUAUCUAUUCGUGUCUAUAGUAUCUGUAGCUGUGAGUGUGCGUGCAUGUAUAUUUGUGUGUGGGUGUGCGUGUGUGGGUGUGUGUGUGUCUACAUCUAUAAAAUAUAUAGAUAAUAUAUUAUUUUUAAGGAUUGUAUUGAGUUCUUUGCUGUAAAGUGUCAUAGCCUGUGAGGAGUCUUCCUCAUUUCCUGCAUUUCGUGGAGAAGAAGCAAACAAAAGUCAGCUUAUUAUUAAUAUUAUUAUUAUUAUUAUUACUGUUUGUUAACUUCUUUUAGCAGAGACCUGAAAAGGAGGAGGAGCUUCAAUCAGUGUGCACAGUUUUUAACAAGAGAAGGCAGUUACUUCCCUAUCGAUAGGCACUUUUGCACACUCAAAAAUUUCUUGGUGUUCAAACGAAGUGCACUGGAGUCCCUUUGGUGAAACAGGACUUAAAUGGUUUGCUGAUUUUUUUCCAAUUAUUUUUUAAAUGCAAGACACUUGUCUGCUUUCAAAGAAGAAGAAAAAGUCAUUUUAGGAGUUCUAAGAAGGUUAGCUCCUUUCUCCUAUGUUCACCCAACAAUCCUUCUUUGGCCUUUUGUCUAUAGGUUUUGGGUUUUGCUGCCCUCUGCUUCUUCUCUUGCUAGUUUAUGCUUUCCUUGAUGGUGGUCAGUGAGCUCUUCAUCUCCCCCCCAAAAGGGCAUUUAAUUGGAACACCAAGGGCUCAGGCUGCCUGCUUAGCCAUUUCUGCAUCAUAUGGGAGCAAUCCAUUGAGGGCUACUUAAAAAUGGACACUUUCCGCUAAGACUAAAUAAAUGAAUCUCAACCUCUCCGUUUCUGUCCUCUAAGCUUAUUGAGAAGAUGUAGAAAUGUGCUCCUUGAUGGUGAAUUUAUUCCUACGGGUAUUUUACCUUUUAGCUGAAUUCGCAAGGCAGUUUUAUGAGAUGUUAGAAAUAGUUGUUCCCCAAACAUUAAGCCCAAUGUGUUUUCCAAGCUGCCUUCCACAAGAACGUAGCUUGCUUCUUGCUAUUUGGGGCAGCAUUCCCCCCCCCCUCAAAUGAUGGUGAAGAUUAAUAGUCCUCUAACCAUGUUCAAAUCCAUUUUAUCUGAGGCUGAGAGAUAUAUAGGCCUACAUUUAUCUGCAUUGUGUUUUGAAUUUUUAUAUGCUCAAAAAUGCACUUUUUAAGUUUUUUUUUUUUUAAUUACCCCAAGAAAGCAUUUGUUAUCUACGGAUUACGGAAGUCUAAGAGAUGUGUGGCGCUUCAUACAUGUAGGGCACUUUUUACCGCAUUCUUGAGAGAUGCCAUUUCAUAGACAAAACAAUACCGUAGAUCGGGAAAUUCCUAACUGCAUGUACGAAUUAAAAUACUCACCCUUUGAUCAAGGCAUUCUACAAGUUUUUCUGCUCCAGCAUUGUACUUGAAAGGGUAAGAUUGCAAUGAUAUCUGCUUAGCCAUAAUCAUUUGCUAUUUAAAAAAAAAAUUCUCUUGCAGUAGUUAGAAAUCAGUUUUGUAGUUAAAUGAGUACAUUUUGUUCAGGUGAUAACUGAGCCUCAAUCAAGCUGAAAGAAAAAAAAAUUGCUUGAAAUUUCAGAAAAAAAAAAUUUCUAUUCGUAAAAUUUCUUUUUAUGUUUGUUUGUUUUUUUGGUUUUUUUUGGAAGCACCCUAUUAUCUAAAGAAUCUCUUUGUAAGAUUUUUGUAAAAAAAUUUGUUUUACAAGAUUUUAUUUGAAAUUGUUUUUUGCAAGAUUGUUAUAUUUCUGUAUGAAUGUAUUUUUUAUUGGAAUAACAUAAAAAAUUCUUAUCAGCGUA